AUGAAGUUCUCUGUUCUCUUCCUCGUCGGCGCCCUCGCCGCUAUAGUCAACGCUGCUGCUAUCGCUAAGCCUACUGAAGGUCUCGAGAAACGCUGCACCGCCGGAGUCGGAGGGAAAGAUAAGCAAGAAUCUAGGCUGAUGGGACACAAGAACACGGCUUGUGCCAUGUUAAUAGUGAUUGCUGCUCCGGAAAUUGCUUUACCCACACUCAAGGUGGUAACUGCAUCCCCGCAUAAACCUGAAUAA